AUGGCAUGGACGUAUCAAGACUCCCUGCACGUCUACCAGACUGACACCGAAGUCCUGCCAUCCGAUGCCUCCCUGGUGAAGAUGCGCCCUGCCCGCACACGACGCAUCCACUGGAGAGCGCCGACACUGAUGGUCGCGUCGUUCAUCACUGCUCUCAUCGGCGCAGUGUCACACCAUGUCUUGUACUUGUGCGUCGACGGGCGCGCCAUCACAUUCGACGUUGAGCAGCAGGUGGUCACUUCGGCCGGGCUUGUCCUGGCAUUUUUGGUGAAGGUGCUCCUGGCCAUCUCCUCAUCCAUCGCCUUCACGCAAUGUUUCUGGUGUACGUUGAGGCUUCACUCAGUCGACGUGCGGUCUAUGGACUCGCUCUUUGGCGUCCUGGGGAAUCCAUUCGAGCUCCUCAACCUGCGCUUCUGGUUCGGCCAUCCUGUUCUGACUCUGACUGCCGCCACUACUUGGCUCAUACCGUUGUCUGCGAUUUUUACGCCUGCGACCAUUUCAGUGGGACCCAAAAUGCACAGCAGUGCCGUAAGAAUCAACGUCGCUCAACGGGAUGCUUUUUUGGCCAACCGACUCAAUAAGUUGGACGAUGGCUCGUGGCGAUUCCCCGGCGUUUCAACCAUGUUGAACUAUCUGUCGCAGCUCAGUCUCGUCGAGGCCAGCCUUUUGACGGUUUCGGGGGGCUCCUCGAACCAGAACCUCUCGUACACCCAAAGCUUCCACGGCCCUGCGGUGCAAUGCCUCACGCCGAAUAACGAAACACGCUCCUUCAUCACCACCGCCAUGGAAGAGUCGAUCAACGAGACGGGCGACUUCCUCUUCUGGACAGCCUUCUACCCUUUCGAGACCUUUGGCCCGGACAUGAACGGGACGUUUUUCAACAACAUUGUCGCCUCGGAGAGCGCCACGGACCCCAACCUGGGCCUGGAUCUGAUUUCCAAGGAUGCGGCAAAGGUCUACCACACGCUGUACCUCUCGGACAACAUGACGAUAAUCCCGAGUGCCGAUGGAUACUUGGAGAUUCUGGAGUGCUCGCUCCACAACGCCUCGUAUGACGUCCGCUUCGAGCUCCACGGCGACGGACAGCAGACCAUCACCGCCACGCGCGAGCUGCUUGAACCGGUCCCAGCGUCACUGUCCCUGCCUGGCAACGUCACGGAGACUGAUGCAGCUGAGAUGUUCGAGUACCUCACGCUCAUGCAGUCGUACGUCGUCUACGUGAUCGGCGCGACCACGACGAGCCCGCUGUAUGUGUCGGACUGGCGCGCUAUCCAAUUCAGCAGCCUGGUGGCCAGCCCAGUCCUCGGAUCCUAUCUCAUGCCUUCUGAGGACCAUGUGAACUUGAGCGACUUCACGGCCGCUCUGGAGAGUCUGUUUGAGAACUUUACCCUGAGUUAUCGCUUCGGGGAGGUGCCAGAAUCAACAACAGGCACCCCGAAACAGUUCAACGCCGAAAUCGCCACAUCGGCCACGCUGCACCGCUCACUCAACACCUUUUCGUACAACCCGCGCACGCUGAUCGUCGCGUACAGCGUCGUCAUCGCCCUGGCCGCGGCGUGCCUGGCCUGCGGGAUCACGGCGCUGUACCGCAACGGCGUCAGCUACACCAACAACUUCUCGACGAUCCUGCGGGUGACGCGCGACAAGCGGUUCGACGCUCUGAUCGAGGACGACGAGGACCGCGCCGGCGCGGAUCCCCUCCCGCGCCAUGUCGGGGACGUUGUCGUCACGUAUGUCGGCGAGGGGGAGGUUGGUGCGGCGGCGGUGGGGGUAGACGCAGAGGUAGAGUCAGCUCAACCUCAAGGCCGUGCCGCGUAUACUCAUGUUGGCUUCACGGGUGCGGGGAUCAAAGUGCUCAGUUGA